GUGAAGUUCUAAUUGUUGACAAACAUGUCAAACAAUGUUUAUAACACCGUUUUGUUUCAAUGAUUAAUUGUUAGUUAAAAACAAUUAUAAAUAAUCAAAAAAUAAUUACAAAUAAUGAAUAAGCUGUGAUUUAUUAUUAAUUAGUGAAUAAUAGUUUUAAUAAAAAAUGGCUGGUCUACUAGAAUCAGCUCCAUAUUAUCAAUUUGAUAAUGGAAGAGGAGCAUGUCAUUGUUUAACACGUAUUAAAUUAUCAAAAGUGAUUAUAAUAAUAUUAUUAAUUUUAGUUGUUGUUUCUCUUUUUACACACAAUUAUUUAACCAAGCUUGACACUGGUUCACCGGGAAUGGAUAUAUCUCAAACUCAUUCAAGAUUAGAAACAUUUGAAGAUUUUACAUCAAUGAAAGCAUCUGAUUUAAAAUCAAGAAUUGAAGAAAUGUUGAGAAUAAAAACAUCAGUUAGUAAUGAACUACGUGAUCUUGAAGGAAAACGUCAACGUCUUCAAAGAGAUGUUAGUAGUUUUAGUCAAAAAAUUGAUGAUUUAAAACAAGAAUUAUUACAUCAACAAACAGAUCUUGAUAGAUUAAAAAUAAGUGUUGUACAAGCACAAGCAGCACAAAGAGAAGCUGUUGAAAGAAAUACACCAGAGUUGGCACCACCAAAAAGAAUAUUAAUAAAUAAAUUACCAGAUAUAAUAUCAACUAUUGACAACUCAAGAUCAUGUAAAAUGUACAAUUGUUUUGAUCACAGUAGAUGUGCAUUAACAAGUGGAUUUCCUGUAUAUUUAUAUGAUCCAGAUUUAUAUACAAUUGUUAAUAACAACUGGGAUAUUGAUGGUUUUUUACGAACAACAAUAAAACAAACACUUGGAUAUAAUCCUCAUUUAACUAAAAAUCCAUCUGAAGCAUGUAUUUUUAUUGUAUUAAUUGGUGAAGUAUUAUCAUUGAAAGAAACAAAAACAUCAUUUUCAUUACGAGUUAUUGAACAAAAGCUACAUUCAUUGCCAUAUUGGGGUGGUGAUGGAAGAAAUCAUAUAUUAUUAAAUUUAGCAAGACGUGAUUUAUCAGUUGCAUCAGGUAAUAUAUUUAGUGGUAGUAUUAAUACUGGCCGUGCAAUAAUUGUACAAUCAACAUUUUUAAGAAAUCAAUAUAGAGAAAAUUAUGAUUUAAUUGUACCACCAAUAUUAGGACCACCAGGUGGUGAUAUAUGGCAAGAAUGUGAAAAAAUAGUACCAGCAAGACGUAAAUAUUUAUUAUCAUUUCAAGGUGAAAUAAAAAAUAAAAAAAUUAAAACAAUAACACCAAGACAAGGUGAUGAUACUGAUGCUGAUAUUGAAAAAAUAAUAAUUGAUGAAAAUAAUUUAGAUAAUUUUAUAAUACAACAUUUAAAUGAAAUGACAAUUGGCACAACAAUGGAUAAAUUUUUAAUACAAUUUGAAUGUAUACCAGCAAUUGAAAAUAAUGAAUUAACUGAUUCAUUUGAUUGGUCAUUAUGUGGUACUGAAUCAUCAAGAAAAGAAAUAUUAAAACAAUCAACAUUUUCAUUAAUAUUAGCACCAGCAAAUACAAGUUAUAUUUCAACAUCAACAAUACAAGCAAGACUAUAUGAAUCAUUGAGAUCUGGUGCAAUACCAGUUGUACUUGGUGGUGAUCAAAUAUUACUCAGUUAUGAUGAAGUAUUAUUAUGGAAAAAAUCAGCAAUAUUUUUACCAAAAGCACGUGUUACAGAAAUGCAUUUUUUAUUAAGAGCAAUACCAGAUAAUGAUUUAUUAACAAUGAAAAGACAAGGUAGAUUAAUAUGGGAAAGAUAUAUGGGUACAGUACAAGGUUCUGUUGAUACAAUUAUUGCUGUUAUUAGAGAUAGACUUGGUAUACCACCAUUACCAGCUAUUCAAACAACAAGUCCAAGUGUAUUUAAUGAUACAUUUGUACCAUUAAAAUCUGAUAAUAUUAUUACUGAGCCAGAAGCUGAAGAAAGUUUAGGACCACUUGAACCACCAUAUCCAUCACCAGCAUAUAAAAGAAAUUAUACAUCAAUGCUUAUUCAUAGACAUGAAAUAUGGAAUGAUUGGGUUGAUCCAUUUAAUUUAUAUCCACAAUUACCAUUUGAUACAGUAUUACCAAGUGAUGCUAAAUUUAUUGGUUCUGAUGUUGGAUUUAGACCAAUUGGCAAAGGAGCUGGUGGAGCUGGUAAAGAAUUUAGUGAAUCUCUUGGUGGUAAUCAUCCAAGAGAACAAUUUACAAUUGUCAUAUUAACAUAUGAAAGAGAACAAGUUCUUAUUAAUUCCCUGGCAAGACUUUAUGGUUUGCCUUAUUUAAAUAAAGUUGUUGUUGUUUGGAAUAGUCCAAAAUUACCAGUUGAAGAUUUAAGAUGGCCUGAAAUUGGUGUACCAAUAGUUAUUAUCAAGGCAUCAAAAAAUAGUUUAAAUAAUAGAUUUUUGCCUUUUGAUUCAAUUGAAACAGAGGCAGUAUUGUCUGUUGAUGAUGAUGCACAUUUACGACAUGAUGAAAUAAUGUUUGGAUUUAGAGUAUGGCGUGAACAUCGUGAUCAAGUUGUUGGUUUUCCUGGACGUUUUCAUGCAUGGGAUCAAAAUGAUCAUAAUUCAUGGAAUUAUAAUUCAAAUUAUUCAUGUGAAUUAUCAAUGGUUUUAACUGGUGCUGCAUUUAUACAUAAACAUUAUACUUAUCUUUAUACACAUUGGCUUCCACAAGCAAUUAGAGAUAAAGUUGAUGAGUAUAUGAAUUGUGAAGAUAUUGCUAUGAAUUUUUUAGUAUCACAUUUAACUAGAAAACCACCUGUUAAAGUAACAUCAAGAUGGACAUUUAGAUGUCCUGGUUGUCCUGUAUCAUUAUCCGAAGAUGAUACACAUUUUCAAGAACGUCAUAAAUGCAUUAAUUUUUUUUCACAAGUAUUUGGAUAUAUGCCAUUACUCAAUACACAAUAUCGAGCUGAUUCAAUACUUUUUAAAACUCGUAUACCCCAUGACAAACAAAAAUGUUUCAAAUUUAUAUAGAAAAAAAAUAUAUCAAUAUAUAUAGAUAAAAAUACAAAUGGCAAAUUUUUAAUAAAGUAUAUUUAUUAAAGUUCUCGAUAUUUACAAUUUUACUAAACAAAAAAAAUUGAACUUUAUGUACCUGUAUGUUUCCAAACGAGCUUCAACAGUAUAACAUUACAAAUCAACAAGUUUAGUGCUAUUAUAUCAACGUGAAUCAUGAAAAAAAAAAAAAAAAAAAAA